AUGAAGGAAGAGAUUGAAGCUCUGGAGAGAAAUGGAACAUGGACCUUGAAGGAAUUGCCAAAAGGGAAGAGAGCCAUAGAUUCAAAAUGGGUUUACAAAAGAAAAUUCAAACCCAACGGCACAUUAGAGCGGAACAAAGCUCGUCUUGUAGCAAAGGGAAUGCAAAAAACGUUUGCAGCUAUAUUGAUAUACGUAGAUGAUAUAAUAAUUACUAGAAAUGACGAAGGGAAGAUAGCAGAAAUAAAGAAGCAUUUGCACAAAAAUUUUAGCAUUAAGGACCUUGGUCCCCUCAAAUACUUCUUGGGCAUCGAAGUAACCAAGCUCAAAGAAGGCGUCGUACUUAGUCAACAAAAGUAUGUGCUAGAUAUACUGAAAGAUGCUAAAAUGGAAAACUGCAGACCCACCUCUACCCCAAUGGAAGAAAACUGCAAUCUAGAGCCUCCAGAAGGAUAUGAAGUAGUAGAUGAAGGAAGAUACAGGAGGUUGAUCGGGCAAUUACUGUAUCUCAUAGUGACAAGGCCAGACUUAGUAUACCCUGUGAACGUCCUAAGUUAA